AUGUCGUCCGCGCUCUCGACGCCGCCGCGCGUCUCCGCGCCGAGACGCGCGCGCGCGUCGCGCCGCCGCGCGUCGUCGGUCCGCCCCGCGGCGACCGCGAAGAAGCCCGCGACGACGACGACGCGCGAUCGAUCCGUCGUCGUCGACACGUCCUCGUCCUCCUCCGAGACGACGACGACCGCGACGACGAAUCCGGUCGCCGCCGCGCUCGCGGCGCUCGUCCUCGCGACGUCCCCCGCGCCGGCGUCGCUCGCGUCGCUCGCCGCGUUCGCCGGCGACGGCCUCGCGGUCGGUCUCCUCUCUCACCCCGCCCCCGCGGAGGCGGCGCUAAGCAACCCGAACACGCGCCUGCCGCGCAACGGCGUGUCCGCGUUGCGCCGCGCGGUACCCGCGGUCAACCCGGAGGCGGGCGACGUCCAGCGUAACCUCGAAGAGGCGGCGUAUCUGCUGCGUAUCCCGCAGAGGAAACCGUGGGGCACGAUGGAGGGCGACGUCAGGGCGAGCCUCGCGAUCGUGCGGGAGAAGCGCGCGAAGCUCCUGGAGCCGGUGCCCAAGGCGCGUCCCAUACACUGGUCUCCAUACGACCGCGUUGGCGUGGACGGCGACGCGUUUAAAACCGCGGAGGAUACGCUCGCGGAGUUGGAGCAACUCUUCGUCGAGCUCGGGCCGAUCGCGGCGUCGCAGGACGUCGAGCGGUUCGACCGCGGCGUCGCGAUGGCGUUAGACGCGACGUCCAGGCUCAGGGUGCUUCAAGCGCCCGGGCUGCCGUUCGACGUCCCGCGGCGGUACGACGCGCUGCCGCGUUUGACGGGCCGCGCGACGGUGGACCUCACGAUUAAGGCGCGUUCUAUCUUGCGUACGCUGAAAGCCGGCGACGGGACGUUCGGAUUCGUCAACGGCGACGAGGUGAAAACCGCGACGCUUCGCGUCGUCGCGGACGGAUACAACGCGCCGCUCACGGCGGGAAACUUCGUGAACAAGGUGUACAACGGGUUUUACGACGACGUCAAGCUGAAGAAGAGCGAGACGGCGACGCUCGUGGACGUGACCAACGCGCUCGCCGACGACACGCUGCCGCUGGAGGUCAAGGCGAUGGACUUUUACGAGCCCAGGUGGCGGUCCGCGCUGAACGUGCAGGGCGGCGAGGAGAUGCCGACGCUGCCGCUGAGCGUGAACGGCUCGAUCGCGAUGGUGCGGGGCGAGGAGGACGGCACGUCGUCGCCGGAUCAGUGGUUCAUCUACCAGUUCGACAAGCGAAGCGCGGGUCUUGGCGGCAUGGCGUUCGAAGAGGGCGAGUUCUCCGUGUUCGGAUACGUCGUCGGGGGCGAGGAGGAGGGGUUCCUGUCGCAGCUCGCGACCGGGGACGUCAUCGUGAAGGCGGAUGUCGUGGAGGGGAUGGAUCGUCUCGUGAACGGCUCGCGGCGAACGCAGGUGACCGGUUUGAUCGACAAGUCGGCGCCGCCAUUUGGCGCGUCUGAUGACGUCCCCGCCGCCGCCGCGUCGUCGGUGAAAUUCGUCGGAAAAUACGCGGAUCCGAAACACCCCGGGUGCAAGCGCGAGGUGUCCGGGUCCGGGGAUACCCUGGACGUCACCGGCACGGACGGCGCGCCCGGGUGUUUGAACGGCGAGCCGCAGAGACCGUGGGCGCUGACGGGGGUCGUGCGGUCCGAGGAUGAGAUCUUCAUCGACUUUUCCCCGAAGGGCGGUCCGAGGGACCUGCUCGGGAAGUGGACGGGGAAGGGGAUCUUGUUCCCGGACGGGAACGAGUGGAAGAAGAUCGAGUAGUGAUGCCGCGCGCGAUGUGACGUGACGUGACGCGGUGUUGGCCCCACGUCGC